CGACAGCCAACAACCACCGACCGUGGUCUACUGUACGAUUAAAUUACUUUCAUGUUUCAAUUGCAAUCUACCUCUCAUAUUGCUUGAUGCUUGGGCUUGAAGGCAUUGCUAUAGAUGCUUUGGUUACGAGGGUAAGGGAAAUUGACAGUUGCAGAUCGACCAGAACUCUCUGGGCUCAGGAGUUGAAAGCGCAGGCAUGGCCAAACACGACGACACAUCCAUAUCCCAUGACGCGGAGUCCUGCGAAUCUAUCGCCGGCUGCAAGCUCUACGAACAUCCGGCGGCAUUCCGACAUUCGGGUCUCCGCACCGAACUCAACACCGAUGGCUCAACCACAACAGAUUUACGGCCGACCUUCAAGGACUCCAGCCAGCCCACAACACCACGCCACGCAGAGCUACGUGAGGCGGACGACUAUAUGAAUGGGGGCCUCCCGCACGAAUUUUUAGGGACCCCACCGCCCAUUGCCUCUACAGAAGCAUCCGCAAUCUCCCGGCCAUCGAGCAUCAGACAAAUCUCCGCUGCACCAAGCGUCAGGGGAAACGGCGCUAUCUACAGUGGGAACGGCACACAGACGCCUCCUGGCCGAAGAAGUGUACAAUUCGCAAGGGCCGAUUCGGGGGAUAUAGCAAUACCGGCGCGAUGGGAUGUCUCUGAUGCGGACGGAGAUCCGCAGGGCAAGGGCAUAUCUCUCAUGUCUAAACUGAGAGCUCUGGCGAUAACAGGAGGAUUGAAUACACACACGGAGCAAAAGCACGGGUAA